AUGCACAACUCACGCUUCCAGUCUCUCGCCGCCCGCCUCACUCCUCACGGUCUGCGGACCUCGCUGCGCAGCCGCCGGUCCCGCUCAUCGUCGACCUCGUCCCGGGCUAGCAGCUCAGACGGCGAGGUGGAAAGGCUCGUAUCGCCAGCCAGCUCGACGGCCAGCCGCCGCAGCACGCUCAACCGCGCGGGAAGCAGCGUCAGCUCCUUGUUCGGCAUCCGAUUGGUGCCAUCGGAACCCGAGGAGGAGGAUGAGGAGGCCGGCCGCCAGGAGCUCGCCAAUGUCUUGGAGCCGAGACCGACGGACGAUAUGUACUUUUGCAGUCUGGAGGAGAAGAUGCAGAUGCGGUCCUUUUGA